AUGAGUAGUAAAAAAGGCAAACAACUAGCUAAUAAAAAGCCUAUAAAGCUCACUGAAGAAAGAAGACGACGAUUGAUGAGUCAGAAAUAUGCAUAUUCACUUUUAUGUAAUAACAUGAUCGUGCCACCACAUGUUUUUGCUGCUAUGGCAAGAGACUCAGAAUAUGAACAAUCAUUAGAAAUAUAUGCCAAAAUUUAUGGCUGUGAACUUGACAAUACGAUAAACUCGCUAAAAUUUUUACAAGCUUCUUUAAAAUCAUCAUUAUCAUCAACACCAGAAACCAACAGUGCUUCUACUUCCUCCACCUUAAUUACCACUAAUUACACUACUACUAACUCAUCUAUUACUAAUUUCAUACCAAUACUUCCCGAAGUACUUAUCAAAGCACAAGAACAAGCUGAGCUAGGAGUCAUAGAAAUUCGAAAUAGAAUAAACGAAAGAAUAAAAGCACUUGAGAAUUUACCAGCAAAUUUAUCAAAUAGACCAUUGAAACAACGAUUAACUUUUGAUGAUAACAAAAGACCUGCUUCAAAUCCCAAACUUAAUGCUGUAAUAGAAUUAAAGGCCUUAAGACUAUAUGAUUUUCAACAAAAAAUUCGCAAUGAAAUUAUGCAAUACAGUCCAAUGUAUCGUAGACCACAAGGACUUGAUGAGAUAUUGCAAUAUAGACGACCAAAAGAGAGAUUUGAGUAUACUUGGUCAUAUUUUCAUAGGCGUGAACAAGAUCGCAUACAGAAAAAAAUCAAUGAAGAGAAAGCUAAGCGACAAAAAUUCUUCUUUCAAAUAAGUGCAAUGUAUGCAGAUUACAUCACUAUAUCUGAAUUAAUGAGAGAAAAAAAACUUGCACUUGGCAUGGCAGUUUUAAAUUAUCAUUCAUCUGUUCAAAAAGAACAACAAAGAAAACAAGAUAAAUUCCAACGAGAAAGGUUGAAUGCUUUAAAGAAUGACGAUGAGGAGGCAUACAUGAAAUUGAUUGAUGAAACUAAAGAUACUAGACUCAGCCACUUAUUAAAACAAACUGACCAGUAUCUUGAAUCAUUAGCAAAAGCGGUUUCCUCUCAACAAAAUCAAAAUUUUGAUAAUAAUUCUACGAUUAACGCUCAUAGUGGUCCAAGCAUAUCAUUAUCAUCAUCAGUUAUUGAUGAAGAUAAUAUUAUUGAGACAAGGGAUGGCAAGAAAAUCGAUUAUUAUCAAGUUGCGCAUAGAAUAAAAGAGGAAGUGAAACAACCAUCAAUUCUUAAAGGUGGUGUGUUGAAAGAAUAUCAAAUAAAAGGACUUGAAUGGAUGGUGUCAUUAUACAAUAAUCGAUUGAAUGGUAUCCUUGCGGAUGAAAUGGGAUUGGGAAAAACAAUCCAAACGAUUUCCUUGAUUACUUAUUUAAUUGAAAAAAAGAGACAAAAUGGUCCUUUUCUAAUAAUUGUUCCGUUAUCUACAUUGACAAAUUGGAUGGUGGAAUUGGAAAAAUGGGCACCAGAUAUUAAUAAAGUGGUUUAUAAAGGAACAAUUAAUGAGAGAAGAAGUAUACAACAAAGACACUUGAAACAUAUUGAUUUUCAAGUAUUUUUGACUACAUAUGAAUAUGUUAUUAAGGACAAACAACAAUUGGGUAAAGUUAAAUGGUUGUAUGUGAUAGUUGAUGAGGGUCACCGUAUGAAAAAUGUCAAUUCUAAAUUGUCUAUGAAUAAUUUACCCGAAUUGUGGUCAUUAUUAAACUUUGUUUUACCAAAGAUCUUUGACUCAUUGGAAAGUUUUGAUGAAUGGUUUAAUACGCCAUUUGCAAAUACUGGAGGUCAAGAUAAAAUAGCUUUAAAUGAAGAGGAGACGCUCUUGAUUAUUCGUCGUCUUCACAAAGUGCUUCGACCUUUUCUUUUAAGGCGAUUAAAAAAAGAUGUUGAAUCUGAACUUCCAGAUAAGAUUGAAAAAAUAAUAAAAGUUAAAUUAUCAGCACUUCAAAUUAAAUUAUAUAAUCAAAUGAAAACACAUGGCGCAAUAUUUGUUAACAAAGGAGAAAAAGGAAAAAUAUGUAAUCAUCCAUUUGUUUUUAAAGAAGUUGAAAAAGAUAUCAAUAAAAGUAAUAGUAAUAAUGAAUAUUUAUACCGUGUAUCAGGAAAGUUUGAAUUUCUCGAUAGAAUUUUACCUAAAUUAAUCAGGACAAACCACAAAAUUUUGGUAUUUUUUCAAAUGACUACAAUCAUGGAUAUAAUGCAAGAUUAUUUUGAAUGGAGAGGCUAUAGUUUUCUUAGAUUGGAUGGUACAACAAAAUCUGAAGACCGUACAAAACUUUUAGGACAAUUUAAUGCUCCUGCUUCACCAUAUUCCAUUUUCAUGUUAAGUACACGUGCUGGUGGUUUAGGUUUAAACUUACAAACUGCUGAUACUGUUAUAAUUUUUGAUUCUGAUUGGAAUCCUCACCAAGACUUACAAGCUCAGGAUCGAGCUCAUAGAAUUGGACAAAAAAAUGAAGUUAAAAUUUUACGAUUGAUUUCACAAAAAUCCAUUGAAGAAAAUAUUUUGGCUCGUGCUCAAUAUAAACUUGAUAUUGAUGGUAAGGUGAUUCAAGCAGGAAAAUUUGAUCAUAAAAGCACUGCUCAAGAACGUGAAGAUUAUUUGAGAUCGUUAUUAGAAGGUGGAGAUAAUGAUGAAACAAAUGAAACAGAUGAAAAUGAAGUUCUUGAUGAUGAUGAAAUUAAUGAAUUAUUGGCACGUGGUGACGAUGAAUUAACAAUCUUUAGAAAGAUUGACGAGGAGAGAGAAAAAAUCGAGGAAAGAGAAUGGUUAAGUUCAGGAAGUAGUAGUGUUAGAAAAGGUAGAUUAAUAGAAGAGCAUGAAUUGCCUCCUUUGUAUUUAGCAGAACAUGAGAAAAUAAUCAAAGCAGAAAAUGUUGAAGAAUAUGGUAGAGGUCAAAGACAACGAAAGGAAGUUCUCUAUGAUGAUGGUUUAACUGAAGAUCAAUACUUAAAAGCACUUGAAAAAAACAUGGAUGGCGAAGAACCAGAGGUUAAAGAACAAGAGGAUGUGGAAUUGAAGCCUAAAAAAAGGUAUAAGAAAGAUCGAAAAGACCGAAAAGGAAAACGAAAAGCAGAAGAUGUUGUUAAUUCAGAGGAUGAAAAGCCAAAAAAGAAAAUUGCCAGUGAUGCAAGAUCUAUUAGGAAAGCUAAACAGAAAGCGACAGAAGGUAUCCACAAUAAUAUACAAGAGGAGUUGACGACUAUUGAAGAGUUAAAAAAUAUGAAAAAAAGGUCAAGGAGGAAAAGAGUGGACGUGAAAAUUGGUGAUGAUGAGGAUGACAAUGAAAUUGAAGAAAAUAAUAGGAAUGUUGCAAGUAGUAGCAGCAGUAGCUCGCAAAAAAAUAUACAAAAAGAUUUUGUUUCUGGAUCUUUAACUACACAAAGUUUUUCUUUUCAUGUAUUUCAUCAAUGUAUUGUUUAUCUUGAAAGCUUUAUUGACAAAUCAGACGAAAAACCACGUAAAAGGGCUGAAUUAUUCCUUGAUCUUCCUAACAGAAAAGAAUACCCAUCCUAUUAUAAAGUAAUCAAAAAACCAGUCUCCCUUAAUCUUUUACGUAAACGCAUUAAUCGUGGACAUUAUAAGUCUUAUGAUGAAUUUUCCAAUGAUAUGACUUUGAUAGAUUAUGAGAAUUAUGAAGUCAUUAUUACAAUUGGUAGUAGAAGUAUUAUCGGUGCUAUUGAACAUGUUGGAUGA